GCAAAACGCAGCCCGCAUUGCGGCAUUCGUGCGCUGACCUACGCUGCGUCACCGCAACAGCCCACGCAGUACCCCAUUGAUCGGUGGUGAAGAGGAGAGCGCAUUUGAGCAGCGGUAGCUCACGAUCAACGCGCUUGCUCUCACUGCCUGAAACUGCUACUGCAGCCGCAGCGAUGGCCAAGAAGAAGAAGACCGCAAGCGGCGGCGGCGUGCUCGGCGCGCUCACCACCAGUGCCUUCUCCGACGAGGGCGCCGCAGCUUCAUCACUCUUCAGCGCGUCGGAGGCGUCGCUGCCGCCGGCGCCGCCCGCCGCACCCAAAGCUAAAGAGAGGGACGACUACGACGCCGCCCUGGACCGCGUCCUGGCCAAGCCGGCGAAGAAACGUAGCAAGGCGCCGCCGCCCCCCGCUCCCGUGGCGGAGAAGCCGGCCAAGAAGCGGCGCAAGGAGCCCGUCGAGGCGGAGCCAUCGGUUGAGGACGACGCCGCCGCCCGGACUAUAUUUGUGGGCAAUCUACCGCGCGAAGCGACGAAGAAACAGCUCGCGCGAUUUUUUAGACCGUACGGCGCCGUACAAUCCUCGCGAAAGCGGUCCGUGGCCGUAGCAGGUUGUGCGGUCGACACUAAUGGGGAUGACAAACUAGUGCAGAGCGUCUGCGCUAGAAAGGGCUUGCUCAGCGACGCGAAGCGGACCACGAACGCGUAUGUAGUUUUUGAGGACGUAGAAGGCGCCACCAACGCGCUCAAAGCGAACGGCGCCGUCUGGAAAAUACCGGCCUCGAUAGAAGACGGCGUGGAGACGCCGGAGGAGACGUUCCACCUACGGGUUGAUAAGGCGAGCGGCGACCGCGGCGCGCAGGAUCACUUGCGGACGGCGUUCGUGGGGAACUGCCCCUUCGAUUCUUCGGAAGAAGGGUUGCGGGAGUUGUUUGCGGCGCAUUUACAAGAGUCCGGUGGCCAUUCCGCUGUAGAGAAUGUAAGGGUCGUGCGCGACAAGGAGCAUCGAUGUGUUGGUGUCGCGUAUGUUUUGUUGAGAGACCGCGAGGUGCUUUCCACAGCUUUGGAUCUGGACGGCGCCUCGUAUGGAGAGAGCAUGGACCCGCGACCUCUCAGAGUGCAGCCCUGCGGCAAGCGGACGAAGAGCAGUGUCUUGCCGCGCGGCGCAACCAAGAAGGUGACGAAGAAGGCGGCCUUCGGGGCUCGUCGGCGGUUGGAAAAGAAGGCGCGGCGCGCCGAGGCCCGCGCGAAGGGCGCGUCACCCGCUCAAGCGGCAAAGCCGUGGCAGGGCAAGCGCGCGGCCGACGCGAGCAAGGGCCCCGCCAAGAAAAAGAAGAAGUCGAAAGAGGGCAAGAAGACGUUCGUGGGGAAGCGGAAGACGUAAGGACACACAUAA